ACAAGAAUUGGAUGAAACAUGCAUUCAAUCCCCGGGAUAUCCAACCCAUAAUUAUCCAAAAGACACAACCUACAUAUGGAUAAUCACAGCCCCAGAGACCGAUGAGAUCACGAUAUUGAAUCUGGAUAUCCAUUAUACUUUAGGCUACACUUGUGAGGACUACCUCAAGAUACAAAAUACAGAAGAUGAGAAAGUCUCACUAUUCAAACAAUGCAGGAGAUCCCGGGAUAACACGAUCAUUACCAGAGGAAACAAAUUAAACAUAACACUGUUUUCUAAUUCUGACAACUUAACAGGCAAAGGAUUCAGGCUAAGCUUUAGAGUUACAAAGGUAAAGCGAACAUCAAACAGGCCAUCAACCAGUGGUAUUCUGUCAGAGAAUUCGGCUGUCAUGGAAAUGUCAACCUCUGUUGAGAAUACAACGGUUUAUUCAGGACUACCUUCAAGAAGAAAGAUAACUCGGACUAAACUAAUGAAAGAUAUGAUUACCACGGCGACAAAUGGAAGUCUGACAACGAUAGGCUCAAGAGACAUACAUGUUGUUCCACCGCACACCGUGAACCCAAACAUGACGUGGAUGACUAUGAUAAUCCUUAUGGUAAACAGUUUUGGAAUUUACUACAGCGAAGGUUCAGAUUCCAGGCACAAAAUUUCCAAAAGCAUAACUUUACAUCAAUCCCAGGAAUCAUCCAUUAAAUCACCGGGGUAUCCCACAAAGCAUUACGAGAAAGACACAGUCUACAUAUGGACCGUGACGGCCCCGGGAACCACGGAGGAGAUCACUAUCAAUAUAUUAGAUCUGGAUAUUCAAUACACUCCAGGAAUCCCUUGUGACGACUAUUUGAAGAUACAAGACACAGAUGAUGAGAACUUUGCAAUAUCCAAGCAAUGCGAGAAACCAUGGCGUAAAACUGUUGUUGCUAAAGGAAACAAAUUGAAGAUAACGCUCUUUUCUAAUUAUGACCGUCUUACAGGAAAGGGAUUUAAUCUAAUUUUGAGAGUCACUAAAACCAAGCUAACAACAACACAAACAACAACCAAAGGUAUUCCAACAACUACCCCAGUACCCAUGACGUCACCAACAUCGGUGCAAACUACAACUAGACGUUUAGUUACGAAAACAAAACGAACAACACCACGACCAACACCGAACGACAUUCCAACAACUACUCCAGUACUCGUGACGUCAUCAACAUCGGUGCAGACUACAUCUAACCAUUUAGGAAUUUCUUGUGAAGGAGAUACUUUUUUCAACCACAGAAUGCUACAAGAAUUGGAUGAAACAUGCAUUCAAUCCCCGGGAUAUCCAAACCAUAAUUAUCCAAAAGACACAACCUACAUAUGGAUAAUCACAGCCCCAGAGACUACCGAUGAGAUCACUAUCACGAUAUUGAAUCUGGAUAUCCAUUAUACUUUAGGCUACACUUGUGAGGACUACCUCAAGAUACAAGAUACAGAGGAUGAGAAAGUCUCACUAUUCAAACAAUGCAGGAGAUCGCGGGAUAACACGAUCAUUACCAGAGGAAACAAAUUAAACAUAACACUGUUUUCUAAUUCUGACAACUUAACAGGCAAAGGAUUCAAGCUAAGCUUGAGAGUUACAAAGGUAAAGCGAACAUCAACCAGGCCAUCAAUCAGUGGUAUUCUGUCAGAGAAUUCGGCUGUCAUGGAAAUAUCAACCUCUGUUUAUUCAGGUAAACUAUUGAAUUCCUGUCUAGGAGAGUAAAGGACGCCGUAGAGUUUGAUCAAUUGCGAUAAAUUACUUUUAUAAAAACGCAAUGAAUAUAUUUUGAAAAAGAAUUGGUCACAACUGAGGUUCCAAUCCACAAAUAGGUCACAUUAAAUUUGGCUCCACUAUCAGUUGGUUUUAAGUGCUUUUCCUGUAUACCUUUUUCGCAAUAAGGCAAAAAUUAUUCAGUCAAGGAAUACAAAUCUUAUCAGAUGAAUGCAAUAACAAAAUAUCUGAACUUAUAUUUCAAAUACACAUCUUGUUUCUAAUAAAGAACAGUAUUUCAACUAAUUAUAAAACACCUGUUAAUUCCACUUUUGUUACACGUCCUUAUACCACAAUUGCCCUUUCAAAAGAUACAAUUCUUCAAAAGCAUGCUUUAGUUUUAGACAUAAUGAAUAUCCCAGUCAGUGGGUUGAAUGAAUAUAACUUACCGUACCUAUACUGCAUUCCUAAACUUCAUAAGAUCCUUACAAACAAAGAUACAUUGCUGGAUCCAGUAAGUGUUCUAACAAGCAACUAUCUUUGCUCCUCACGAACAUAUUUACAGCUUUGAAGGAGAAACUUAAAACGUAUUUUGCGACUAUAUACGCAAGAAAUGAUAAAAAUCAAAUAUGGAUUCUAAAAAAUUCUAAGGAACUUUUAGUGAACUUCAAAUUGCAAAGCUUUUGUCAAAUCAACAACAUCAAAACGCAUGACAUUUCAACAUUUUACACGACUAUUCCUAACGAUAAAUUAGAUACUUGACUUUUUGACAUCAUAGACAGUUGCUUCUUCAACAAAAAUUGAAAACGCAAAUAUUCAUAUCUAGUAAUCAGUCAUCCAAACAAUUACUUUGUUAAACACCACUCUGAUUCCACACACAAGUAUUCUGAAGUUGAAAUAAUGAUAUGCUGGAGCUCCUCAUUGACUUCGUGGUCUUUGGUGAUCAGGUCUUCCAACAGUAUAUUGGAAUAUCCAUGGGCACAAAUUGUGCUCAUUUGUUAGCUAUACUCUUUUUAUAUUCAUAUGAAGCAGAAUUUAUUAAAUCAUUUCGACGUGAGAAGAAACAAUAUCUUGCUGUUGUCUUCAAUUCGACAUUUAGAUAUAUCGAUGAUGUAUUACAUAUAUCUAUUGACAAUAAUAAUUUUCAAUCAUAUGUCAUUUCGAUAUAUCCCAGUAAAUUCGUAAUGAAAGACACCACAGAGUCGUCCACUUCUGCUUCAUACUUAGAUAUUUUAUUGAAAGUAGAUAUUAACGCAAAAUAAAAACUCAACUUGAUGACAAACGGGAUGAUUUCAACAUCUUCAUCGUCAACUUCCUAAAUUUAUGUAACGAUAUUCCAUCAUCACCUGCAUAUGGUGUUUAUAUCUCUCAACUGAUCGAUACGCAAGAGCUUGUUCUGCUUAUGGUCAGUUUUUAAAUCGAAGCAGGCUACUGACAAUCAGGUUGAAUGUUCAGGGGUGUCAACAGUCUCGUUUAAAGUCAACAUUUCGCAAGUUCUAUGGUCGUUACAACGAUCUAGUUUGCAAAUACAACCUAUCAUUGCGUCAAAUGCUAUCUGGCGUGUUUCAGUUUUUGACACACUGAUUUUGACUACAACUCCGUUUACCUGAUCAAGAUAUAGGGAAUUUCAAUGAAUUCAGUAGAAACAAAGAACGCCACUUCGAGGUGUAAAUAACACAGUAUACCUGUCUAUUCACCUUUCGUGUUGGUCGGUCUAUGAAUGACAGCUGCUAUUAAAAUUUCCUUGAAUAGCUACUUUUUCUAAGGACUGUGAUGGUUUCAAUCGGAGUUGAUAUUGAAACUGUCGUGAUUUUACUUAAGAAGUACUUGAAUUCAUCACUCUAUCUGUAGCUCCUACAUCAUCAUUAUAACAAUUCCUAUCCGAAGUUAAAUCGACCUCAGGUAAAGUUUAUAAUCAAGAGCCAUAUGCAAACAUACAACAUUCUGCAAACUGCAAGUGUUAUAGAGAGGAUUCACCCCAAAUAUACAUUUGCAAUGACAGGUACCCCUCGCUCCAAGUAAGUAUGGAUUGUUUUGUUGUGUAGUGUAUGUUCAUUCUACAGCAGAAAUGUAGUAUGUAAAAUUGCAUUCCAAGAUCGCAGUUUCUGUGCCUCAGAAUACAGCAUACAAUUGGCAUACAAUAAAUUAAUUGGUUCUAAAUAUUUCUUUUCUGAAUUUAUGCUUUAAUAUAUUGCAUGAAACAGAGGAAAUCAUGUAAUUUUAAGUGUACUCGCGAGAAUAGAAGAUUCCAGUUAUAUUAGAUGAAAAGAAGAAGGUGGAUGAUAUGUCAUUCGGAGAGUAGUGAGAAAUAUGGAGUACGUAUCGUAAGAUUAUGGAACAGUUUAGUAAGUAUUUGACAUGCUAGGUUGAUUAACUGCAUCAACUACUGGUAAAAUAGCAUUUAUCUUUCAAGUGUUUUAUAUCAAUUGUUAGGCGUUUGUUUACACAUUUACAUUGAAUAUGGAUUGCUCCGUUUAUUUGAUUAAAAUAUAGGGCUCAUGGCGGAUGUGACUUGUCGACAGGGUUGCUUAAUUACUCCUCCUAUGCAUCUGAUACCACCUUUGGUAUGUUCAAGGGACCGUGUUUGCCCACGUCUUAUAUAUAGGAGUUAUGAGAUUGAUGACUGUUCGUUUUAUGAAUUUUCAUGAUUCCUAUAAAAAUAUAGAUUUGCGAGUAGUAGAAACACGGUUUCUGUUACAUACUAGAGGUGGGACACGGUUCCUGUUACAUACUAGAGGUGGGACACGGUUCCUGUUACAUACUAGAGGUGGGACACGGCUCCUGUUACAUACUAGAGGUGGGACACGGCUCCUGUUACAUACUAGAGGUGGGACACGGCUCCUGUUACAUACUAGAGGUGGGACACGGUUUCUGUUACAUACUAGAGGUGGGACACGGCUCCUGUUACAUACUAGAGGUGGGACACGGCUCCUGUUACAUACUAGAGGUGGGACACGGUUCCUGUUACAUACUAGAGGUGGGACACGGUUCCUGUUACAUACUAGAGGUGGGACACGGCUCCUGUUACAUACUAGAGGUGGGACACGGUUUCUGUUACAUACUAGAGGUGGGACACGGUUUCUGUUACAUACUAGAGGUGGGACACGGUUCCUGUUACAUACUAGAGGUGGGACACGGCUCCUGUUACAUACUAGAGGUGGGACACGGUUUCUGUUACAUACUAGAGGUGGGACACGGUUUCUGUUACAUACUAGAGGUGGGACACGGCUCCUGUUACAUACUAGAGGUGGGACACGGUUCCUGUUACAUACUAGAGGUGGGACACGGCUCCUGUUACAUACUAGAGGUGGGACACGGUUUCUGUUACAUACUAGAGGUGGGACACGGUUUCUGUUACAUACUAGAGGUGGGACACGGUUUCUGUUACAUACUAGAGGUGGGACACGGUUUCUGUUACAUACUAGAGGUGGGACACGGCUCCUGUUACAUACUAGAGGUGGGACACGGUUUCUGAGAGGAGUAAGCAUCUUCUGUCGAUCGAGCCCCAUAUCCGGAUCAAGUAAAUAUCAGACUGAAUCUUCUGUUAAGACGUACACUUCUUAAUAGUACAUUCAGUCUAUUAUUCAAUUAUUCUAAAUUUAGUUUAUAUAAUAAACAUUCACUACAGAAAUAGUCUUUGUACUCAUAAGUAUUACAUUUUCUACUUGCAAUAUAUUACUAUAGAAUAGUGGAGUACAAGACACGUGUAAACUCCCAUUCAUUAUAGGAUUAAACAUUCCUUUUGAAGAAUUUAUCGAUGUGUAAACUCCGUACAUAUUACUCACAGACUGACUAAAAGUGCAAAGCAUUUUUUAUGUUAAGUUUGGGAGCAAAAGAUCAGAGUUCACACAUCAAUAAAUUCUUCAAAAAGAAUGUUUGAUUUCUAUAAUUCCAUAUCAUUCAUUUUAUUAACAAUUUCCUUUUUUUUUUGUAGUUUCUCCGCACUACGUUAUUUGUUUUCAGGCACGUAUGAAUACAUCGCGUUUUCAGAUACAUAUAUAUUGAUGAGUAAACUCUGGUAAAGUUUUAUUUUUGUCCAAUCAAAACAAUUGUAAUGAAUAACAUUGGAAUUAUAUGAUAUUACAUGAUAUUUUAUUUAAUCAUUAGAAUGACAGAUUUACUUUAACUGGAGUCAGAAAUUUAUAGAGCCCAGACUUGUUAGAUCUCAAAGGAAAACGAUCCAUAGAGCAAGUAGAGAUGAUCGUGCUACCGCAGAAGUAGCGGAAACAGCUGCCCAGAGAACAUCUGUUCCAAUUCCAUGACAAUUAGCAUGUGUGGGACCACAUGCAGAAGAUUCAAAUGAACAGUUGAAUAUCAAAAUUGUUUUGUUUUUCUUUUUAUGUACAAAUGUUGUAACUUUUGAUUUGCAGAGAGGGAGAAUGUGACCAUUUUAAUGUUGACUAGACGUAAUUGUCUAUAAUACGUUCUAUUUAUUUCGGAAAAUAUAAAAGCAAUAUUUCGAUU